AUGCCCUCACAAUCAAAUCUGAGAGCUGCUCAGGCCGUUGUUCUUUCACGCCAGCGACUUCGCCGCGGUCUCAAUCGUGAUGCUGCCGGCCGCCGAAAGAAGCCACUGACUCUUCGUGCUGCUGAAGCUCGAUAUGCCGGCUCUGCUCGUGCAUCUAUCGGCCGCAUCGUCAAGAGACUUGAGGCUGCGAAUACCGUAGAUUAUGAGGAUGUUGUCGAUCCUAAGAUGGGGCGCCCGCGGCAACUCACGGAUGAGGAAGAAGAAGCUAUCGUGUGUUAUAUCAUCUGGAUGGAAAAGUCAGGCCUGCCUGCCUCCAAGUGGGAAAUAGAAGAUGCAGCACUUACUCUGCGGCGCCGCCGUGAUCCUGAUGCGAGACCUGUGAGCAAGAUGUGGUACUCUCGCUUCCGCGAUGAUCAUCCUGAGCUUGCGAAAUCGAUAUUGAAGUCGAGAGAAGCUUCGCGUGCCGAAUAUGAGGAAGGCGGCGUUGAUGAUACGAAGGAGUGGUUCCAACGCCUCAGCGAUGUGAUGACGAAGUACAAUAUCGGUGCAUCAGAGACCUGGAAUGCAGAUGAAGCAGGAGUUAGAGUCGGAAUGCUACGAGAUAAGAUGGAAUGCCUCGUUGUACGCACCAAGAAGAAGUCAGCAACAGAGGUAUUUUCUCCGCAAGAUCGCGAGACUUGCACAGUCAUCGGCUCAGGCAACGCAGCCGGCGCAACAACGCCCCCCUGGCUGAUCUUCAAGUCGUUGCCAACGCUUGAGUGGGCGUUCAUUGAAGGCGAUCCUGAUAUGCGCUUCGCUCAGUCAGACUCGGCAUUCUCAAGUGCGGCGAUAACGCUCGAGUGGGCGAAGCACUUCAACCGAUGCUCGUGGGAGAAAUCUGCUACUGUACAGAAACGUCAGCUUGAUUUUGAAGAGUGGUUUGGGUGUAAUGAGCACCUUCAGGAUACAAAUAACCGCUUGGUUACUCACGAUAUGCCUCCCGCGGCGAGGCGUUGCGGAAGGGAAAUCUUACCUUUGGCCGGCGUGCCUUUGCAGGAGCUUUUCAGGAAGCAGCUCAAGAAGAAGAAGACCUUCACGCCUGCUCAUUUCUCACUUCUUCCCUCAGAUAUGCGAUUUCACGCCGCUUCCAGCACCGCCGAGACCAUCGGCGAGCGAUAUCACGAUAUCCUCAGUUCUCCUACGCUCGCAGGGCUCCGGCACAUUCGCAACAUCGUUCAUGAAGCUGUGGUGCUUGAGGAUGUUAUCAAAAUAUCGCUGCAAGAUCUGCGAGAUCAACAAGAGGAGGCUAUCGCCGACGAUAAGAAGAAGCAACAUAAGCAGGGUAUACGAUUCACACGAUCUGUCAUCAUCAAGGAGAUGAACCGCCUCAAGGAUGAGUGGCGAGAGAAUAAAGAAGUUAUCGUCAACGGCAUACCAAAGAGGCUGCAGUUCAAGCAGUGGUUGGAGCACACAGGGAAGCAAUAUGACUAUUUAUCUAUGGAUACACAGCGUUCACAAAUGACUCAAGCACUGAAAGAAGAGACUGACGGCUAUAUGAUAGAUACACAACUCCCUGAUGAUGUGCGUGAAGCUAUCCGCAAGGCACAGUAUGCCGCGAAGCCCCUCAGCGCCGUUGAUCUCACCGGCCUCCCUCACAGUGAUGAUACGGUCACUUUCAACCUCACACAAGCACACGAGCACGAGGAAAUGGAUGAAGAAGACGAGAUUCUUCCUGUAAUUGAAGUCGCCGGCGGCAGCGAAGUCGAGAUGCCCUCAUCGCCGCCCUGUGCACCUGACUCUGAGUCAUCACUACCUACACUUCCCUCAACUCCUUGUCCCUAUCAACACCACACGCAGCUUCAUGAGUCACUUCGUGAUAUCAUCAGGGGAAUAAGAACGGCACAAGAAGAUAGCCUUAUUGGCUAA